AUGAGUGUUGGACCCACGAAAGAGAUUUCGGAGAUUGAGCAAGAGCAGCUUAUUGAGAAGCUUGAGAUCUUCAAGAUCCAUGGCAGAGACAAACGCGGCCGUAAGAUCCUUCGUAUUAUCGGCAAAUUCUUUCCAGCUCGGUUUCUAUCACUGGAUGUGUUGAACAAGUAUCUAGAAGAGAAGAUCUUUCCUCGAUUAGGGAGAAAACCGUUCGCCGUCCUCUACGUUCACACCGGCGUGCAGAGAAGCGAGAAUUUCCCGGGAAUCUCAGCUUUACGAGCGAUCUACGACGCGAUUCCUGUAAACGUCAGAGACAAUCUCCAGGAGGUUUACUUCCUCCACCCAGGCCUCCAGUCCCGUCUCUUCCUCGCCACUUGCGGCAGAUUUCUCUUCUCCGGCGGGUUGUACGGGAAGCUAAGGUACAUAAGCAGAGUUGACUACUUGUGGGAACACGUGAGGAGGAACGAGAUAGAGAUUCCGGAGUUUGUGUACGAUCACGACGACGAUCUAGAGUACCGUCCGAUGAUGGAUUACGGUCAAGAGAGCGAUCACGCUAGGGUUUACGCCGGAGCCGCCGUUGAUUCAUCAGUUUCCAGUUUCUCCAUGAGGUGUAUCUCUUAG